AAAUUUCUUCAUAAACUAUUGCAUAUAUAAAUAAUUCCCUCACAUAAGUUGGAAGAUAUUUCGUUUCAUAUAUUUAUGAUCAUAAGAUGGAGGAGACAGCAUGGAACUCUGAAACCUUUAAAAUAGCAUACACCGUGUUUGGAUGGAUAGCUUUUGUGGUUUGGUCUAGUAGUUUUUAUCCUCAAUUUAUCUUGAAUUAUUCAAGGAAAAGUGUGGUGGGAUUGAACUUCAACUAUUUGAUAUUGAACAACACCAAACAUACCUUGUACCUCAUCUACAAUGCUUCCUUGUACUUUAGCCCUAAUGUUCGGUUUCAAUAUCAUCAAAAAUAUGGAUUUGAUCAGAUGAUACCUGUAGCUGCAAAUGACGUUGCCUUCUCAACACAUGCUGUUUUGUUGACCUUAGCGUUAUUGUUCCAAGUUGCAAUUUAUGAGCGUGGGAAUCAAUCAAUAUCAAAAAUCACAAUGGGAAUCAUCACUGUGGUGUGGAUUACUGUUGGAGUUUGUUCCUUCAUAGCAUUCCCUUCCAAAUCUUGGCUUUGGCUAAUUUCCAUCUUUAACACAAUGCAAGUAGUUCUGGCAACUAUCAAAUAUAUUCCACAGGCAUUUAUGAACUUCAUGAUCAAGAGCACAGAUGGAUUUAGCAUUGGAAAUGUGUUCCUUGAUUUCUGUGGAGGAAUGGCAAAUUAUGCUCAGAUGGUUAUACAAUCAAUUGAUCAAAACUCUUGGGUGAAUUUCUCUGGGAACCUUGGAAAAGUAUUGUUAUCUCUGGUUUGUAUGUUCUUUGAUCUUCUUUUCAUGUGUCAACAUUAUGUGUUGUAUCCAUCAAAGAAAACAUCAUCAAUUUCUCCUUCUAAACUCAAUGACAAGAUCAAAGAGCCCCUCAUCAAGUCUCCUUCAAAUGUGCCUGUGGCUGAAAAUGUUUGAAUUUGUAAUUAUGUUUGGUCACAAUACAUAUUAAUGUAUAUAAUUAGUCACCUGUAUGAUAAUUAGUAUGUACAGGCAAAGUUCCGUUGCAGCAAGGUGAGAGCAAAUUGACAGUUGAGACACUAAUAGAACCAAAAUAAUGUAAUGAUCCGAAAAAAAAAACAUAUAGGAGAUUGAUACAACAAGAUCAUUCCACAAACUUAACUUUUUUAGUCUGUUAGUCUGAAUUUCUAA